ACGGAAGUUCCGGCGGGGGCGGCCGAGGGGGAAGAGUGUGUGUCUGCGGGAGAAAGAGGAGAAUCGCCCAAGCGGCCUCGGAAGUCCCAGGGAGUGGAGGCCCCCGCCGUGGAGCCGUGUGGUGUAUGUGUGGUAACACCAUGUCUGUGCCCCUGCUCACCGAUGCUGCCACCGUGUCUGGAGCUGAGCGGGAAACGGCCGCGGUUAUUUUUUUACAUGGACUUGGAGACACAGGGCACAGCUGGGCUGACGCCCUCUCCACCAUCCGGCUCCCUCACGUCAAGUACAUCUGUCCCCAUGCGCCUAGGAUCCCUGUGACCCUCAACAUGAAGAUGGUGAUGCCCUCCUGGUUUGACCUGAUGGGGCUGAGUCCAGAUGCCCCAGAGGACGAGGCUGGCAUCAAGAAGGCAGCAGAGAACAUCAAGGCCUUGAUUGAGCAUGAAAUGAAGAACGGGAUCCCUGCCAAUCGAAUCGUCCUGGGAGGCUUUUCACAGGGCGGGGCCCUGUCCCUCUACACGGCCCUCACCUGCCCCCACCCUCUGGCUGGCAUCGUGGCGUUGAGCUGCUGGCUGCCUCUGCACCGGGCCUUCCCCCAGGCAGCUAAUGGCAGUGCCAAGGACCUGGCCAUCCUCCAGUGCCAUGGGGAGCUGGACCCCAUGGUGCCCGUACGGUUUGGGGCCCUGACGGCUGAGAAGCUCCGGUCUGUUGUCACACCUGCCAGAGUCCAGUUCAAGACAUACCCGGGUGUCAUGCACAGCUCCUGUCCUCAGGUCAGUGGGGGGACCAUUUCCCACUCCCACUUCUCUGCCUCCAGCAAGGAGCCUCUCGUGAUCCCCUCUUAAUCCCCUCAGGAGAUGGCAGCUGUGAAGGAAUUUCUUGAGAAGCUGCUGCCUCCUGUCUAACUAGUCGCUGGCCCCAGUGCAGUACCCCAGCUCAUGGGGGACUCAGCAAGCAAGCGUGGCACCAUCUUGGAUCUGAGCCGGUCGAGCCCCUGUCCCCACCCUUCCUGACCUGUCCUUUUCCCACAGGCCUCUGGGGGCAGGUGGCAAGGCCUGGCCGGGCCUUCCUUCCUGGCCUCAGCCACGUGGCUCUGUCUGCAGCAGGGGCAGGCUGCUUUCUUACCCCAUUUCCCUGGAGGCGGGCCCCCCUGGCAGCAGUAUUGGAGGGGCUACAGGCAGCUGGAGAAAGGGGCCCAGCCGCUGACCCACUCACUCAGGACCUCACUCACUAGCCCCGCUUUGGGCCCCCUCCUGUGACCUCAGGGUUUGGCCCAUGGGGCCCUCCCAGGCCCCUGCCCCAACUGAUUCUGCCCAGAUAAUCGUGUGUCUCCUGCCUCCACUCAGCUGCUUCUCAGUCAUGAAUGUGGGCAUGGCCCCGGGGUCCCCUUGCUGCUGUGGGCUCCCUGUCCCUGGGCAGGAGUGCUGGUGAGGAGGUGGAGCCUUUUGAGGGGGGCCUUCCCUCAGCUGUUUCCCACACUGGGGGGCUGGGCCCUGCCUCCCUGUAACCCUCCUUCCCUGCAGGCCUGGAGCCUGUAGGGCUGGACUGAGGUUCAGGUCUCCUCCCAGCUGUCUCACCCCCACUUUGUCCCCACUCUAGAGCAGGGAGGCGGUGGGGGAGGAGUUGUGUCUCGUCUUCUGUCUCCAUGUGGUUUUUGGGUGUUUUUCUUGUUGUGUCCUGGAUUCCGAUAAAAUUAAAGAAAUUGCUUCCUCA